AUGGAGGAGGCGCGGCGGAAGAGCUCAGGGACGAAGAAAUUGGUCUUCUUUGGGAACGCAAACAAGGUUUUUGAGUUUGAGGAUCUGUUGAAAGCUUCUGUGGAGGUUCUUGGGAAAGAGACGUUCGGGACGGCGUAUAAGGCGGUGCUUGACGCGGUGACGUUGGUGGCUGUGAAGAGGCUGAAGGAUGUGACGAUGGGGGAUAGAGAGUUCAAGGAGAAGAUUGAGGUUGUUGGGGGCGAUGGAUCAUGA